AUGGAUCACGCGCCUUUCUGCGCCCCAGAGAAGGAUGGCGAGCUCUUUGUCGGCAAGACCUACUAUGUCACCUGGGAUGCCACGGCGCCCGUCCUCAAGAGCAACACGAGCGAAAAGGUCUGGAUCCACCUCGUCGGCUACUACAUCAACAGCACGACGGGCGAGAUCGACGAGACUGAGGACCCCAUCUUCAACCCCAACAAGAAGCACGUCAAGCCCGCCAAGCACGGCUUCUACCCCUGGCACGUCGGCGGCAACACCAUCCCCCGCGGCGAGCAGAACGCCACGAUCCAGCUGCGCAUCCAGCGCCACAUUGACGACGAGUACGUCGGCCCUGACGUCGUCGGCCAGACCGUAUUCGUGCGCCGCCAGGACAGGCCCCCGCACCGCGACUCCAGGCCCCCGGGCGACAAGGAGCUGUACAUUGCGCUGCCCAUCGUCGGUGCCGGCCUCCUCUUCAUCCUCGGCGGUCUGUUCUGGUACAACAGGCGAAGCCGCCGCGUCCGGCCUCGGCAACGUGUCGAGUCGCUCGGGUUCGAGAAAGCGCAAGUCGCGGGGCCGCCAAGCUGCUGUCAAGAUGCACGGCGGCAGCGCCCAAGGCGUCUGGGUCUGGCGGUCGCGGCAAGAACAGGGGAGAGAAUGCCUUUGACGGCGAGAACAUGGAGCUCAUGGGUGGCCACGACCGGGACUCGAGCCCCGACUCGGAUGGCGGCUGGGACGCGAAGCGCUUCGCGGGAGGAUCGGGGACGCGCUUCAUGGAUGAUAGGAAGCAGAGGAAGAGGGCGUGAACUGCAGGUGCGGCUUGAAUGCAAAAGUCAUCUUUUCCGCCUCAUCUUUCUCGUGUCAAGUGCAAGACCUGUGUCUUGA